GUCCUGGUCCAGGUGUGUUCCAGUGUACUUUGACUGGACUCAUGUUUGAUAUGAGUCAGGGGGCAGAGCUUCUGUACAGAACUGCCCAAUGGGAUGAAAGACUCCUUCAACAAGCCAGUAAGAUUGCUGCAGGCCCGCUGUUCAACAUCGAGAGUUCAGAGGAUGCAAUCCAUCAGCUCCACCUACCACAUUGUGUACCAAAACACGCUCUGCACUCCAACGGUUUGUCUGUCGUCCAUAUCUCUGAUGGUGAGAUGGAAAUCCUCAAGCCCCUAAACAUCACAGACACACAUGUGAUUGUGGAAGUUACUCACCUCUCUUCCUUUGGCCUCGUCUGGCCUUUGGACAUGCUAAUGAGCUUAUGGCACCAGGAGAAAACCAUUUUGGGCCAAGUUUUGCUGUUCCUUCGUCCACCAAACCCCAGAACACAGACGCAAAACAUCAAUGUGUUUCUCCUGCCAAGGAACAUCCCAGUGAAAGAGGUGAGUGGGAAGCAUGGAUAUUCCAAACACAUUCCAGCAUCAUCUGACUGUGAAUUCUUCCAAGGUCACAGAUACACUGUUCUCUGUCCAGUCGCCAGUAGAAUCCAGCCUGCAGAGAAAAAAUUUCACCCUGAUUUUGGACCAAACUACCAUCCAACAUUUGAGGUCCGCCUUCCUGCAAACACUGAAGAAGUGCUGAUAACAGUCCAGGACCAAGCACAGACAGAGGUCUGGAGAUGGGACACUGAUCUGACCGAUGUUCAGAGCAGAGACAAUCAGCCAAGGCUCCAGAGCCUCCCAGCAGACAAGCGUCUGUUCUCAGUUCGGAUUCAGUUUGUGGAAAAGGUGUCGGAUUCGACUCUGAACCAGCUGCUGGACAGGCUGCUCCAAGAAGAAAUUAUAACUAUGGAGGAAAUGGAAGCAGCCAGAAUCAAACCCAGGGCUGAACGAGCUCGAGAUGUUAUUGAUGUGGUGCGAAACAAAGGAGAAAGAGCCAGCUCAUUCCUGAUUGAAUUUCUCUGUGAGUUGGAUAAACACUUUUUUGGCAGCCUCGGCCUCAGCUAA